GAUUCUCCACUCCUUCCCUCACAAGCUUCUCGCCUGAUAGGAACCCUUUGUGCAGUGCGCUGUAAGACAUGGCCUCAAAAAGAGCAUUGGUGAUUCUGGCAAAAGGGGCAGAGGAGAUGGAAACUGUUAUCCCCACUGACGUUAUGAGAAGAGCUGGAAUCAAGGUGAGUGUUGCAGGCCUAACAGGGAAAGAACCGGUACAGUGCAGUCGAGAUGUCUUCAUUUGUCCUGAUGCCAGUCUAGAAGAUGCCAGAAAAGAGGGGCCUUAUGAUGUCGUGGUCUUGCCUGGAGGUAACCUUGGAGCCCAAAACUUGUCAGAGUCUCCUGCUGUGAAAGACAUUCUGAAGGACCAGGAAAGCAGGAAAGGCCUGAUUGCUGCUAUAUGUGCAGGCCCUACUGCCCUUCUGGCGCAUGGGAUAGGUUUUGGAAGCAAAGUUACAACACAUCCUUUGGCCAAAGAUAAAAUGAUGAAUGGAGCGCACUACCACUACUCCGAGAGCCGUGUGGAGAAAGACGGGAACAUCCUCACCAGCCGUGGCCCUGGUACCAGCUUUGAGUUUGGAUUGGCCAUUGUUGAAACACUGAUGGGGAAGGAAGUAGCUGAACAGGUGAAGGCACCUCUGAUAUUGAAAGACUAAAAUCCUGGUCAAGGACUUACAGUAGAACAGCUGACUUUCCUAGAAGAAGUGAAAGAUGCAUUAGCAUACAUACAGUCUAAUUGUGGGUG